AUGAUAAAAUUCUCAGAGCUCAAAGGCACCAAUCCAAAAAAGAGACUUCACGACCUCGACCGCCACAUAAAAAAGUGCGCUAAACGAUGGCUAUACCUACCGCAGCGGGCAAGUCCUGAGCUCAUCCACCUGCCCUACGACCGAGGUGGCACCAACAUCACGCCCUGUAGCAGUCUUGCGGACAUCUGUCAACUUACGCACGCUGCCCACCUCUUCGACUCCAGGGACCCGACGGUCACCGCCAUUGCCCUAGGCACUCUACGCAACGUAGUAAGACAUCGCAUCCGUAGAGUGCCGACAGACGAAGACAUCAGAGCAUUCCUCGACGGAUCCAUGGAAGGAGACAUAGGCCUACCAUCGAAAGACAUCACCUCUUCUUGGGCCAGACUGCGUGCUGCCACAAGACGCUUGCGCAAAAACAUUGACAUCUCGUGGCACUACACGGGCACUUCAUUCGUCCUGACCACGGGUGGAAACAUCAUCCCACGGCACGCCUGUACCAAAGUUCUAACGGCCAUGGUGAAAUCUGCCGCCCUCCGCCAGCUGUUACAAAAGCCGGAUCAGGGUAAGUCAUUCCAUCUCAUUGCAGGUCACCCCACCAGCAACCACUUCCUUAGAGACGGGCUGUACACUUCAUUUGCGGACUGGCGAUUUGUACAUCGUGCCCGUCUCAGUGUGGUCCCGCUCAACGGCCUACGACGCUUUGGCAACAUGUCAAAGAAAUGUCGCCAGUGCAGUCACUCCAAUGAGACACUUGCGCACGUCCUGAAUCACUGUGGCCCUAACCUACGACUAGCGACACAACGCCACAACUCUGUCCUCAACCGCUUAUUCCACGCCAUCAACAACCAGGACUUAAAAAUCUUCUGUAAUCAGAAGAUCCCAGGGUUCGACGACCGCUGCCGUCCUGACCUAGUCACCAUCUGCGAGAGGACCAAGACUGCAACAAUCAUUGAUGUGGCCGUCCCCUUCGAAAACGGACAGAACGCGUUCAACGCAGCCAGGGACAUGAAAGUAAGCAAGUAUUUUGCCCUCACUCAACAUUUACGUCAACAGGGAUACGAUACUUAUUGCGACGCUUUCAUCGUGGGCUCCCUCGGCGGAUUCGACCCGGCCAACAUCUCUGUCAUUCAGCGUCUCGGCAUAAGCCGUAGAGGACUUCUCACGAUGAACGUGGAGAGCAUUAAGAACCGAUUUCGAGUUUGUACAAAUGAUGGCAUCUACCUUCUUGUGGGUGACAUGAUGGAAUGCCUGAAGGAUUGCGUACCCUUCUGCAGUGAAAAUAGUAGCCUCAGUACGCAGAGAGAAGUGAGCCGUGACAUUGCUUUUUGUGUGAACAAAAGCCGCUGUCACGGUGUUUCAACCCAUCACGCGCAACGAUGGUGUUAA